UAAAUGAUAAUAUUUCAGGCAUUAAAAUAACUGUGGGCAUUAAGGGUCAGCGUGGGCAUUUAGCACUCGCGAGAGAACUUUUCCUUUUUAUGAUAAUUUAUUUUUAUGCUUCACGGACAGGUAAAAUACUACCUCUAAUUUUUCUCUCCCUUGCCUCUGCCCACAUCCUUCUUUCUGUUGUUAAGAAGACUCAAGAUCUAUGAGUGUAAAUAUUUAUGCACAAAAUAGAUUUCAAACACACACACACACACACACACAAACACACACACACACACACACACGGACUCAGAAAUAUAUCAGAUAAAAAUGAAAUAGGUAAGCAGACCUGAGCCUGGAUAUCUUUUACAUUGCAGCAGCGGGAAAAUUGCACAGCUAUGCGUGCACACUUGACAAUGUUUUUUUCCUGCGGGACUAAUGUUUUAAAAAGCCUUUCCCUAUUGUAAUGGAAGGGAAGUAUUGAUCACUGUGUGUGUGUGUGUGUGUGUGUGUGUGUGAGAGAGAGAGAGAGAGUGAGGUGUCUGUGUGGGUGUGGAUGUGUAAUUCACCACGGCCUGAUCAAUAGCUGGACACAUCAUCGCCAGUAAGUACCCUCCCGACAAGAGCAAGGGUCAUUAUAGUUGAUUUCUGGGUAUGACUGUGUGUGUGUGCGUGCGAGCGUGCUUUCGUGUUAAGAGGUUUAGAAGAGGAUUAAGAGGUUUACGAGGAGGAAGAGGUUUAAGAGAUUUACACGAGGAUUAUGAGGAAGAGGAGGAGGAUUAAGAGGGAAAAGAAGGCGAUUAAGAGGUAUAGAAGAGAUUAAGAGGAAAAUGAAGAGUAUUAAAAGGAAAAGAAAGAGGAAUAAGAAGUUUCGAAGAGGAUUAAGAAGGGUAUUAAAAGGUAGAGGAGGAGGAUUAGGACUAAAAGGAAGAGUAUUGAGAGGUUUGAAAGAGGAUUAAAUUGAAAAGAAAAAGGAAUAAGAAGUUUCGAAGAAGAUUGAAAGGAUUAGGAGGAAGAGGAUUAAGAGGUAUAAAAGAGGAUUAAAAGGAAGAGGUGGAGGAUUUAGAGAUUUAGAUGGUGACUAUAAGGAAAAGGAAGAGGAUUAAGAGGUUUAGAAGAGGAUUAAGAGGAGGAGGCUUCUCUUACAUGUUCCUGUUGCUACGCCUUGCACACUCCUGAGACAAAUCGAAAUAUGUCGCCCCCCCCCUUUGCCACUCGCCCUCGCUCGUGCGGGUAGUGUGCAGCUGUCCCUUUAAUAGUGACAACGCGGAUCUUUUUUUCUCUUUUUACAGUAGAGGAAACAGUUCACGGACAAAAAAAAAAAAAAAGGAAACUUAAAAAAAAAACGCUAAUCACUGCUUCUACAAAAGAUUCAAGAGGAGUGUCCAAAAGAUAGGUCAAUUUCGGGAGGAGAGGUGUCCUGAUACCCUCCUCUUGAAAGAGUUCAAGUCGUAGGCAGAAAAAAAAACUUUAAUAUUGUUUGAGAUGAUAAUACCAGCCAUUCCAGGACAGAAUUUUUGUAGGCCCUAUAUCAUAAUAAAAAGUGAACGUUCCAGAAGAAUUAUUGCUUGUGAUGGUAGCCAUUAAUUAAAUCUCGCGAAUAAAUAUAGUGGCUUGAGGCAUGAGUGACUGUAUUGUGACUGACUUCUAAAGGCGUAGCUUAAACCUUUCCCCUUCAUAUGUUAGGCACCGAGGCCAUGCGUCAGGAGAAACGCACACUGGAAUAAGUGACAUCCAGACACUAUGUUUACAGACCGCCAAUAAAUAUCCUUCAUAAAAAUAAAGCUUCGUCAAACAUUUUAUAUUGUAUGCUCAGCCAUGAGAGUAAUGGACCAUUAAGAUUAGACCAAAGGUAUUGGAAGGUAGAUCGAUGGUUCUUUUUCCGUCCUUCCCCUGGCCUGCGCGGUUCAACUGGAUGGGCCUCGAAGUACUGAUGAGUUCAGGGCUGAAGCGCAUCGAGAAGGGAGCGUCCUCAGACUCUGUCCGGUAGAUUUCGACCAACAAUUGUGAGGGACUUUGCAGCCAUGGCACUGGUGUCGACGCUCCUGAGGCCAUGUUUUCUUGCUGCGCCCGCUGGCAUCACCGGGAACGUGAUGGCGGCGGCUGCAAGGCAUCUUUGCUUCUUGGCGGCAGCUACUGUGUCGGCAUGGGCGUUCUUGCUGCCAGCUGUUCACGCGCAGCAGCCUUCGGUGCACUAUACAGUUAGCCCCCACCUGGGUAACUUCUUUACGGCGGCGGGCAAGAAUCUUCCGGAUAAGGAUACUUACCUCACGCUCAGCCUCAACGAAAGUGCGUGUCGCGUGGCUUGUCGGGCAGAUAACCUCUGUUUGUCAGCGGCGUCGGUGACAGCGACUACUGGCGUGGGGUUGGAGUGCCGCUUGUCACAGAAGGGGCCACCACGCAUCCUGCUUCUUGACCAACCGGACGCAACGUAUUUCUUCUGGGAAGCCGGGAUGACCCUUGGAUCGCACAAGCUGCGGGAAGACGGUCUGCUGUACUUUGAGUCUGAAGUGAGGAGAAACUUCAGCAGGGCAACGACUCUCUGCGACAGAAUCCCUGGGCACCGACUGCCGAUCAUCAAGACCAUACGCCAGCUGGACGCCCUUAUGUCCAUCAUGAAGGAAACAGGGACAACCCCGUGGCUGGACCUACAAAUGAAGAAGUGGAGGGGCCGUCUGGAGCUGUUCUGGGGGGACGGCAUGGCCUUUGUUGAUACGCCCGUGGCCAAUGUAGCAUCUGCGGUCGAACCCAACAAUGAUGGUGAAUCCGCAUGUAUCCUAGACUUGGACUCCUUCACGUUCUUGCUGAAGCUUUCUAACUCGGAACACCACCUCCUCUGCCAGGCCAACCCCCUUGGCCUCGACUGCGGAACCUCUGCGAAGCUUGCUGGGGAAGGUUCCUCCACACCAUCUCUCCGCGGCGGCAGUAUCUGGACGUCCUUGGCUAAGACCCACAACUUCAUCCCGUCACCAUCUGUGAGGGACAGUUACAUCCUCUCCAUUCCUUUGCUGCAGGCGAUGACGAACGAACUGUUGACGCUCACGGUGGCAGCGGCCGUGUGGACCCUUUACGGAGUAGUGGCGGAGCAUCCCUUCAUCACUUACUCCCCCAACAGUACCUGGGGCAUCCACUUGCAAGCACGCGGCAGGACUCUGAGCCCCCAGGAUGCUUACGCCAUCCUCAACGUCAGGAGCAUCUGCAGUUGUAACAUGGCCUGUAAGAGCAACGUGCGGUGCAAGGCGGCGAGUUGUGACAGCGGCGGAGACGGCAAACUUGCGUGCUACCUAGCCGACAAGGGACCCACAGAGACCACCCUCAUUGAAGCAGCUGGAAGUCACUACAUCUACAGGAUUGACUCGUUGCCGGCCAUGCACCUCGGCGUGAAGGAGGACGGUUUGUUGUACAUCAUCGGAGACUCCAGACUUAACUUCACGGACUCCCGGGGGUGGUGUAAAAGGAUUCCUGGAUACCGUUUGGCCAUAUUCAAGAACCCUAUUCAAUAUUCGAUGGCAAUGAAGAUGGUAAAGGACACCGGUAAAGAGCUGUGGGUUGACUUGGAGCUUGUUGGCAGUGACAAGGUAUGGGGCGACGGAAUCACCUACGAAAACACUAUCAUCUCACAGACGGCAUUGCUGCGGAAAAACAGUAGACAAUCUCCAUUAGCCUUCAGAGUUCGCUUGGUUACUGGCUUCGAUGACCGCAUACAGACCGUUCGUUACAACCCUCUCUGUCAGGCCAACCCACGCGGCAUCGGGUGGUAAGGACACGAACAAGCAGAGUGUAGACGUUUAGAAGGCACUGAGGUAAGUUUGCCAUCGUGUACACAUCAUUCCAACAGUUGGUGCGUAGGGGAAAAAAAUAAACCGUGAAUAACUGAGAUAACAUGAAAAUGGUCUCUUGUCAAAAUUCAGUCUUGAACGUUUUUCAUUUUGACAUUAUUUGCUCUUUAUGCUUCAGUUCAAUUUGCAAGGGCAGUGUAUUUUCUAUCGGCUAUAAGUAUGCAAAUUGGAAUGGUAAGAACACAUUGGCGAAUUGAUCACAGCUCUAUAAAAUCAAUGGACGAUGUUACGUUGUGCUUCAAUGGGCUGAGUCUGUGAUGUGAUCUAUCGUAGCGCUCUCUGUUGUGGUUAAGGAGUCUCUGCUGUGCUCUAUCGUGGCACUUGGUAGGGCAGUUAAGGAGUUUGUGCUGUGGUGUAGUGUAUCACUUUCUGUUGUAGUUGUUACCGAGUGCUGUGAUCUGUCGUAGCGUGUUUGUGUUCGCAUGGGCCAGUGUUUCGAUUCAUCUUGCCUCGCCAUCAAUUUGUUCGCAUUCCUUAAGGUGCAGGGAGGGAAGGGGUGAGGGGAACAGGAAGCACAUCUUGUUAUUUGGCCUCAAAAUAUUAUCGCCCCGUAUCAACAUAUUUUAUUAUCACUAAAGCCAA